CGCUCUGCGCCCUGCUCUGGGCAGCGGCGGCAGCGGCGGUGGCCGGCCCCGAGGGCAGCCCCGCACCCGGCGCCUUCGGCCGUGUCUACCGGGGCAACGUGAACAUCAGCGCGGAGCGGGUCUACGCCUUCGCUUACCGCAGCCAGCCUGGGCAGGUUGAUGCAGUGCGGGUGUAUGUGAACAGCAGCUCUGAGAACCUCCAAUAUCCUGUCCUGUUUGUAGUUCGCCAACAGAAGGGAGUGCUGUCAUGGCAGGUCCCACUAAUUUUUCGAGGCCUGUAUCAGAGGACCUACAAUUACCAAGAAGUGAGUCGUACCCUCUGUCCUUCUGAGCCAACACCUGAGACAGGAUCCGCUGACCAGAUCAUAUUUGUGGACGUUGCUUCCAUGGCACCGUUUAAUAUUGCGUAUGAGCUCCUAGUCACCAGGCUUGAGAACUUCCAACUUGAGACCAACAAAGCCUUUAACUUCACUGCCAGCCCAUCUCAACCCCAGUAUUUUCUGUACAGAUUUCCUCAGGAUGUCGAUUCAGUCAUCAUUAAAGUGGUGUCUGAUGCCGUCUAUCCAUGCUCCGUUGUCUCCGUCCAGGACAUUGUGUGCCCAGUAUAUGACCUGGACCAUAAUGUGGAGUUCAAUGGUGUUUACCAGUCUAUGACUAAGCAGGCAGCCAUAACGGUGCAGAGAAAAGAUUUUCCAGGUGAGCAGUUCUUCGUUGUAUUCGUCAUCAAGCCAGAGGAUUAUGCCUGUGGGGGUUCUGUGCCUUCUUCUGCUCACGGGAACGUCAACCGUACCUGGAACCUGCAGCGGACAAAGAACCUUCAAGUGACGAUUGUGCCCUCUGUUAAAAAGUCUGUUUAUGUCCAGGCCAUGUUCUUCAGCUUCCUGAGUUUCCUCUCCUUUUACCUGGGCUCAGUGGUUGUUGCUUUUGUGCACUACAUCAGGGUUCAGAGGAAGGCUUCAGCUGGGAGACUGUGUCCUGAGGAUGGAUCUGGGAUCAUGACGCCUUCACAACCCAUCACAGCCAGCACCCCUGAGGGAAGCAGCUAUGGUGCUAUUGAUGAGUCAAGCUCCAGUGGUGGACGACGGUUUUCUUCCCCAGAGGGCAGGCCGCGGGCUGGCUCUGACACAGACAGCUCUGUGGAGGAGGAGAGUGACUUUGACACCAUGCCAGAGAUUGAAAGUGAUAAGAACAUCAUCCGCACUAAGGUGUUCCUCUAUCUGUCAGACCUGUCCAGGAAGGACCGAAGGAUUGUCAGCAAAAAAUACAAAAUCUAUUUCUGGAACAUCAUCACCAUUGCAGUGUUUUAUGCCCUGCCAGUCAUCCAACUUGUCAUCACUUACCAGACGGUAGUGAAUGUGACAGGCAAUCAGGACAUCUGCUACUACAACUUUCUGUGUGCUCAUCCCCUUGGGGUGCUGAGUGCCUUCAACAACAUCCUCAGCAAUGUGGGCCACAUGCUGCUGGGCUUUCUGUUCCUCCUCAUUGUGUUGCGCAGGGACAUUCUCCACCGUCGCGCCAUGGAGAUGAAAGAUGUCUAUACGCUGGACUAUGGGAUCCCAAAGCAUUUUGGUCUCUUCUAUGCUAUGGGCAUUGCUCUGAUGAUGGAAGGGGUGCUCAGUGCCUGUUAUCACGUCUGCCCUAAUUACUCCAAUUUCCAGUUUGACACCUCUUUCAUGUACAUGAUCGCAGGACUGUGCAUGCUGAAGCUCUACCAGACUCGCCACCCAGACAUCAAUGCCAGUGCCUACUCUGCCUAUGCCUCAUUUGCUGUGGUGAUCUGUCUGGCCGUCCUUGGAGUGGUGUUUGGGAAAAAUGACAUCUGGUUUUGGGUCAUUUUCUCAAUAAUCCAUGUUCUGGCCUCGCUGGCUCUCAGCACGCAGAUCUACUACAUGGGUCGCUUCAAGAUCGAUGGCUCUGAAUCAGACUUGGGGAUGUUUCGACGGGCAGUGAUGGUGCUGUACACAGACUGUAUCCAGCGGUGCAGUCGACCAAUGUAUAUGGACAGGAUGGUGCUGCUCAUUGUUGGAAACCUGGUCAACUGGUCCUUUGCCAUCUUUGGGCUGGUGUAUAGGCCCAGAGACUUCGCCUCCUACAUACUGGGGAUCUUUAUCUGUAACCUCUUGCUAUAUCUGGCUUUCUACAUCAUCAUGAAGCUCCGCAGCUCUGAGAAGCUCCUGCCCGUCCCCAUGUUCUGCAUUGUGGCCACAGCAGUGGUGUGGGCAGCUGCCCUGUACUUCUUCUUCCAGACCCUCAGCAGCUGGGAGGAGACUCCAGCAGAGUCCCGGGAAAAGAACCGGCCGUGCAUCCUGCUGGGCUUCUUCGAUGACCAUGAUGUUUGGCACUUCCUCUCUGCAGCUGCCUUGUUCUUCUCCUUUCUGGUCCUGCUGACCCUGGAUGAUGACCUGGAUGUGGUGCGCAGGGACAAGAUCCCGGUGUUCUGAACGCUAGGGGAUGGGGGCGCAGGGGCGUCCCAAACUGCUCAACCAAAGCCAUUGGGCCAUUGGCAUCUGUGGGGAAUGAGCCUGCUCCUGUGGCCAACAGCCCUGUGGGAGCAGGGGAGCCGGAUCCCACAGCAAGCGUGAAGGUGCUGCAGUAACUGAGGUGGGACUGGGAGGGAAGAUGCCAUUUUCUCCUUUCUCACCACAUCCUCUGGGGCAGGCGUGACCCAGCGCUGAGGCCCGUGCACAGCCCUUUGGCUUGUAGGUGCAGCAGGUGCUGGAGCCAGUGAAGAGGGAGGAAACAGGAGGUGUGUUUGAGACCUUGGCUUCCCUUCCUCCCUGCUGACGUGCUCUGCUUCCUGUCUGGUGAGCGGGCUUGAGAAGUGCAGUGCAGGUCCUCCUGCAUUGGCAGCUGGUGGCCUGUGCCCUGCAGGCUGCUGCCCUCUGAUAGUUCCUUUGGCAUCAUGGGGAGAGUGUUCGGUUCCUGUCCUGCAGCUGCCAAGGAAGCAAAGGACUUCAAACUGAGGUGGCAGUGGGAUGCUGCUCCUGUAGCUGGUGGGGAGCCAUGGUAACAAACCACUGCAGUGUUGCAGGGAGAGGAUGGACUAGGGUUGCCCACCAGUGCUCUGCCAGAGGCAGAACCUCCUGCUUUGCUCCUGCAGCCCCUCUCUUACUUGUGUUGAACAGCAUCAGUUCUCUCUGGUGGGUUCUAUGCAGGCACUUGUCAGUGUGACAACACCAGAACUGCUGUCCUCAAGGGGCCCUAAGAAAGUGUGGCGAGGCUGCAGCCUUGUGCCUGGGCAGCCUUGUGCCCUUGGUUCCUGCUGUGUGGGCUUGUUGAAGGAACAAGGUGGAAGGGAGAGGCCAUCCAGCAGCCUCAGACUUUCUCCUUUCACAAGCUGGCUUUAGGUAAACUUGGCAAAGCAGGAUCCCUUUUGGGCUGGGAAUGUGGAGGAGGUUUUGGGGCAGUUGGGGUUGAGCUCUUUGGCUAAAGAUCUGGACCAAACUUCCCUGCUCUCCAACUUUUCUGCAUCUGGAAUAAGUUUUUAAAUGGCUUCUGCAUUCUUCCUCAGUUCUUAGUUAUUUAAAAAACAAGAAUAAGGUGUGAAUUAUUUCAGGCCUUGCACUUAAAACGUGACCUGUUUUGCUAAUUUUGAAUUAAAAAAGUAUUCUUUGA